AUCCCCCAGAGUUCCUGCCUGUUGAUUUGACGACAUCAUAGUGGGCAGUCGGACUGCAAAAAAAAAAAAAAAAGAAAAGCUCAAAAUUAACGGCCAGAGGAAACUACAUAGAUGAAUAUGUUUGUUUUAUUUAUUUAUUUAUUUAUUUAUUUAUUUAGUUUAGUUUUGUAAACAAACAGUAAACGGUCAGUAUUCUUUUAGCAGAUCCAUGUUAGCUACGCUCGUCUCGGUAGCCUGGAGGUGUCAUAUACUGAAAUUUGCAGCUACAUGUAUAAUUUCUUUUAAGCAAUGGCCAGUAUUUCAGAGCCAGAAAAGAGCCCAUUGUUCAGGCAGGAGAAGAAGGGAGGGGUCACAUACAGAAUUCCGUCCCUCCUCUACCUCAGCACCUCAAAAACCUUCCUUGCUUUCUCUGAGAAGCGCUCCACUCCUGCAGACAGUGAUGCUGAAUGCCUGGUGAUGAGGAGAGGCACUUUCCAAGAUGGGUCUGUUCAAUGGGAAUCCAAGCAGGAGCUGCUAACAGCACGUCUAUGUGGAUUUCGCACUAUGAACCCCUGCCCAGUCUACGAGAAGAAAUCCAGAGUCCUAUUCCUUUUCUUUAUCUGCGUACGGGGAAAAAUAUCAGAGCAGCGCCAGAUAAGAACAGGAAGAAAUGAAGCCAGGCUUUGUUACAUCCGCAGCACAGACUUUGGAGAGAGUUGGGGUGACAUCAAGGAUUUAACAAGAGAUGUGAUUGGCGCCGAGGUGGAAAAUUGGGCGACCUUUGCAGUGGGACCAGGCCAUGGGGUUCAGUUACAAUGUGGGAGGUUGAUUAUACCAGCAUAUGUCUAUUAUAUCACGUGCAGGUGCUGGUGUCUGCAUUUCCCCUGCUGCGUCAAGCCUCAUGCUUUCUCGUUCUACAGUGACGACUGCGGUCAAACAUGGCACGUGGGCAAAGUCAUUCAAGGGUUAAAAACAGGAGAGUGCGAAAUGGCAGAACUUGUGGACCAAAAUGGCAGGAGCCACCUGUACUGCAAUGCCCGCUCAUCGUCCAGGCACAGGGUAGAAGUCUUGAGCGAGAAAAAAGGUGCAGAAUUCAGCAAGCCUCAUCUGGCUCCAAAGCUAGUGGAACCGCACAAUGGUUGCCAAGGAAGUGUUGUCAGCUUCCCCAAGCCAGUAGAGUACACAGAGAAUGAAACAGAUGAAAGCAGUGAGAAUACCCGUUCACAGGCCAAUACAGCCAGCAACACUUGGCUCCUGUAUUCUCACCCAACCAACAGGAGGAAAAGGGCAGACUUGGGGAUCUACCUGAACCGAUCCCCCUUGGACACCUCCUGCUGGGAGAGUCCUUGGGUUGUCAGUCGUGGACCAAGCGGUUACUCUGAUCUGGCUCACUGCGAAGGAACAAAGUGGUUUGCCUGCCUGCUGGAGUGUGGCGCCAAGAGCGAGCUGGAAGAGAUUGCAUUUGUGCGUUUCACUCUUGAAGAAGUGAUGGAAAAAGGCACAGGGAAAUAAUGCCUUAGCUGGCAUUUGGAAUUAUGAUUCAUUCUGGGUGUGGGAUCCAAUCUUUGUCAGAACAGUUUAGAAUCCCGUUUUUUUUGUUUAAGUGCAGGAACUUUUUUUUUUUUAGACUGUCACGGAAUUCUUUCCUCAUGUAGACCAAUAGAGGGUUCCUGUUUUUUUAGUGCCUUUAGUUGGUCGCUGCAUCAUCACCGCAUAAGGUGUUGCAAUAUUACACAUUCAUAUUUUACUUUAGAUUCUGCCAUAAGACUGCACAUCCAGACUACUGAUUAAAUAAUUGUGGCAUAUACUGUAUAGUGUGUUUAUAAUUUAUAAAGUUCAUUUGUCUGGUUAACAUAUACAAAAAUGGCAACAUUUUCAGAAAUUAAAGUUUUUUCCCCAGGCGCUGUGCUACCUCUGUUGGACUGUGGGUAAUACAUUACACUGAAAGGCUGGAAUAAGCAACUGUACUCACUAAAAAUCUGCAUCCUCCACUGCAUAUAUAUUUUGAUAUUUAAUACAAUUAUUUACUGUAACAUAUUUAAUUGAACGACAUAUUGCUUUGAUUAUUUGAUUCGUGGACAUUAAUAAAUAUUUAUUUAUGAAGAGCAUGUUGUGUCUGUCAGUGGGACGUUCUUGUGAAGGAGAUGCUGUUCUGUUAUUUUUUUUUUUUUUAUAAGUUUUUGUUGCAAUAAGUAUUUAUUAUGUAUAGUAGCAGUUUUAGUUAAAAUACAUUUUACAUUCCAUA